AUGGCGUGUAUGGGGCGGCUGCGGGUGCUGACGGCGGCGCUGGGAGGCUGCGGGCUGCUGCUGGGCUCGGCGCUGGCGGCGGGCGACGAGCGGCUCUACGCGACGGCGGUGAUGCCCGCGCUCCGCGCCCUCCCCCCCGAGGCCGCCCACGGGCUGGCCCUGCGUGUCGCCGCCCUCGGGCUGCUGCCACCCGCCCGUCCCGACGGCCCCGCGCUGGAGGUGCGAGUCCUCGGGCAGCGGUUCUGCAACCCUGUGGGCCUGGCGGCUGGCUUCGACAAGCAGGGCGAGGCUGUGGACGGGCUGUACAAGAUGGGUUUUGGCUUUGUGGAAGUAGGGACUGUCACGCCCAAGCCCCAGGAGGGGAACCCCAGACCCAGGGUCUUCCGGCUGGCAGAGGACGAGGCGGUCAUUAACAGGUAUGGAUUCAACAGCCACGGCCAUGUGGCAGUGGAGCGCAGGCUGCGGGCCCGCCAGGAGACGCAGCUCAGACUCACUGGUGCGGGGAUGCCCCUUGGAGUCAACCUGGGCAAGAACAAGAGCUCUACCGAUGCUGCAGCUGACUACGUGGCUGGGGUCCGGACACUGGGCCCUUUGGCUGACUACCUGGUUGUGAAUGUGUCCAGCCCGAACACCCCAGGGCUGCGGGACCUGCAGGGCAAGGCUGAGCUGCAGGAUCUGCUGACCAAGGUGCUGGCGGAGAGGGACAUGCUGCCCUGUAAGCGCAAGCCAGCAGUGCUGGUGAAGAUUGCCCCUGACCUCACCGCGCAGGACAAGCGGGACAUUGCUAGCAUCAUCUGCGAGCUAGGUGUGGACGGGCUGAUUGUCAGCAACACCACUGUGAGCCGCGCCAGCAGCCUCCGGAGCAGACAACGCACAGAGCCUGGGGGCCUCAGCGGGAAGCCCCUGCGGGAGCUCUCCACGCAGACCAUCAGGGAGAUGUACACCCUCACCCAAGGCCGGGUGCCCAUUAUCGGGGUGGGUGGGGUAAGCAGCGGUCGCGAUGCCCUGGAGAAGAUCCGCGCUGGAGCCUCACUUGUGCAGAUGUACACGGCGCUCGUGUACCGUGGGCCGCCAGUGGUGGGGGCAGUGAAGCGGGAACUGGAGGAGCUGCUGAGGGAGCAGGGGUUCAAGAACAUCAUGGAGGCAGUUGGAGCAGAUCACCGGUGCUGACAUGCUGCAAAACCAAGGUCUAGACAGGAGGAGCCAUGGCCAAGCAGGGACA